AUGGAAAGUCGUCGAGCCCGGGGAGCAUCAAAAAGCUUCUUCGGAACCUCUUCAACCUCCGUCACAUCGCCAUUUACUGUGAGACGUGAAGGCAAGGUAUAUUUUAUCUAAAAUGAAUUAAAGUGUAAAAAUUCGCGUUUUCAGCAAGUGAGAAAGAAAAAUGAGAGGCCCCCAGCGCCCGAAACAGUUCCAUGCAACGUGCAAGUGCUCGCCAGGCCAGCUAAUAAGAAAGAUGAUCAGGCAGGGAACUUGACCGAAGAAAAACCAACAAGUUAUUUGAUUUUUAUUCAAUCAUCAAUUGGUUUUGAUUUCAGUAAUGAAGCCGUUCAAGCCGACAAUUUUACCAAGCGCUCUGACGAACAUAUUCAAUCAAGGCCGACAGAAUGGAAGGGCGGAAAAACCGCCGCCUGAACUUUUGUCACCGAUUCUGAACGAUUCGGCGAGUUUCACGCAGCCGCCGACGAUGUCCGACGGCAUCAAGCUCAUUUCCGACUUUUCCGAUAUCUCUGAAGCUCUUUCGGUUGGUUUUGUGAUGGAUUAGAAUGAUGGACAAGAUAUUCUUUUCCUUAAAAAUCUAUUCUUCUUCGAAAUUUGACUUUAUCCUCACAGUAAGCUUCAAAAUUUAGGAGUACCUUUCUUCAUCGGUAAAUUACGUUGUAAUCGCCGCGAUCGGCGUCCAAGGUGUCGGAAAAUCGACACUUUUGAGCAUGUUGGGUGGAAAUAACUCCCAGGAUAUGUAUAGGUUUUUCAACAUUUUUUUCAAAAAAAUCCUUUGUUCUUCAGAGAAUACAUUUUCCGUCCAGUUUCUCGUGACGCCAACGAAUUUUCCCGUCAUCAAACGGUUAAAAUCGACGCCUACGUCACGAAAAACCCAUCAGAUUUUGAUCGAUUGUCAGGUUUUCUUGUCGAAAAAUCGAAAUUUGAAAAUAUUUUUUAUUGUAACUUCUAGGCAAUCAAUAGUUAUACCGUUUUGGAAGAAAUGACAAGAAACUCGAAUCCCAACGAUUUUCGCGCGAAUGCCGAGGUGAGAAAUUGUAAUUUCAAAUUUGACGGAAAAAUAGAAAAAAAUGGUUGGUUCAAAUAGAGGAUGCUUUAAAGAACUUUUUAAACCAGUUUCAAAGAAAUUCUCGAACUUUCUGAUUUUUUUUUUCUUUCAAAUCUAAUUUUGAAAAACUCGGAAAUAAAUUAGAAUGCUAAAAAAAUAUUGUCUGUUAUGCUCCAUUUCAGUUGAAAAUCGAAAAAAAAAAAUGGUUUUUUUGAAAUAAAUAAUUUCUCUUUCUCUCUCUCUCUCUAGGACAUUUUAACUAAGUCCAGAGUAAUUCUAAAAAAAUUUUUAGCUUGAUAUGUUUUUUUCUUUAUAUUGGUUUCAAAAACACUUUUUAAGUAAUUUUUGGAUGCUCAAACUAUUUUUUUCUUCAUUUUACAUGUCAGCCAAAUUUCGGAAAUGUUUUUCAAAAUGACUUUCCAACCAAGUUUCAGAAGAUUUCUCAAACUCUCUGUUUUCCCUUGAUUUUUUUCAAAAAUUUCAUCUUUAAAAUCUUGAAUAUAAUUUUAAAAAUCAUCAAACUUUUUGUCCUUUUUUUCAAUUUCAAUCGAAAAAUCAAAAAAAGAAAAAAAGUUUUUUUGAAAUUAGGAGCCUUUUAACCGAGUUUCGAAGAAAUCCCCAAUCUUUUUCAUUUUUUUAACUCGAUAUUAUUUGUUUAUUUCAUUUCGAAACACUUGAAAAAUGUUUUUAAAUGGUCAAAAUCCUUCAUCAAAAAUAGUUUGGAAUAAUUUUUUCAUUUGAAAAGGGUCUGUUCUUAAGAAAGGUUUAACAAAUUUUCAGUGAACUUUCAAAUUUUUCAUCUUUUCUCUUGAAGUUUUGCUUUUCAACUUCAUUCCGAGACACUAGGAUAUAAUUUUCAGAUGCUCAAACUAUUGUCCUUCAUUUUCCAUAUCAGCCAUACGGUUCUAGUCUGCUCGGAUUGGUAUAUGGACAUGAAUUUGAUCAAGGUUCAAUUUAUUUUCUUUUAUUUCUAAAAAUGCAAUAUUUAUUUGUGCCUUCUUUGUAGUUAAAGUUGAGAUUUAUAGACCAUCCGCAUGGCCGAACUUUUCCGACCCCAUUUGCCCAAAUACAGCCCAGCUUUGAACUUAGAUCGGAAGACUAAUUUGGGUACAAAUUUUUUUCAUUUUUUUGAAGUUAUUCUGAGAGUUUUUUUGCAGUUUUCAUACACACAAAAGCGAGAUCCGUCGAUUUUACGCCUUCGAUCAAGGUCGAACGAAUUCGGCUUCUGAGAGCCAUGUUUAGGGAUUCGAAAUGGUACUUUUCUUCCUGAAAAAAAGAAAAAAUUAUUAUUUUCAGGCUGAGAUUACCUGAUAAGGAUGAAAUGAUGCUGAUCCCACUGCCUGAAAUCAAGCCCAGGAAGGAGAAUCGUUAGUUUUUUUGAAGAAAAAUUGAAGAAAUAAUACUUUUUGAACCCUUGUCUCGUUAGGGUUUUCAUCAGGAAACGGUUAUUUUUUUGAAAAAAUCCAGAAUUUGAAGAUUUUUUUAAACCACAGUGAAGCUAUAGCAACGUUGAAAAAAAUCCUUUAAAAAAAUUUAACCCGUUUUUUUCAAAGAAAUGUCAAAAAAAUUUUCUGAAAAAAAUAUCUUUUUAGCGCGAAAAAUUUGAAAAAAAUUUUUUUGUUAGAAAAAAACGUUGUUUCUUUUUGUCUGGUGCUACGACAAUAGCGAGUUUUCUAUUUCCGGAGAUUACUGUAUGUGAAAGCCCGCAUUUUGAGUUGUUCACAAUGUGUGUUUGCACCUUUAUUGCGGGACGUUUUCGAGCUUUUCAACUUUUAGCUCAAAAAACAAAAUAAUUUAUGUGAUUCAAGUGUUUCCUUUUGUUAUAAUGCAUUUUGAUAAAGUUAAAUGAAAAAAGGAUACGUUACGCAAGAAAGUGCAAACACACGGUGGCAACAACUCGGAACUUCGACAUACAGUACUCUUCCGAAAAGAAAAAUAUAGUCUCGUCGUAGCGCCGUUGCUUUUGGAUUGAUUCCAACGAAGUUUCAGAAUUUCCUCAAAAUUUUUGUUUUCAGAAAGUUUAUUUUCACAUGAAAACCUGUCAAUAAUCAGCGUUAUUCGAUUUGGAAUAAUAGCCAGAAAAAUAGGUGAAAAUGCGCUCUAAUGAGAAUUUUCUGAGCAAAAUGGUUUCUCACUUAAAAAAAUUACUGUUCCAUUUUCCAGACUAUAAUGACUUGAACCACUAUGAAACGCUCCUGGAAGCGGAACUUGUCGAAGAUUUCGACCAAAUCAUCCGCCGAUUCCGAAUCGAGUUGAUCAAAUUGACCAGGGACAAUUUCGCCAAGGAUCCGACGGCUCUCGAUGAAAAGAAAUGGUUUGAAACAGUUUUAGAGAAAAAUGAGCUGUUUUUCCAUUAGAUAGAUGCCUGAAAAGUAACUGUAGUUUGGAAAAUUUGAUGCGAAAAAAUAGCCACCGAAGAUGAAAACAAGUACGCUCUAAUGAUAAUUUUGAAAAAUUAGCAAAAAAAUCAAGUUUUAGUGGAGUUUCCAGUUUUCAAUUGAAAAAUAUCAGCGUUAUUCGAUGUGAAAAAAAUAGCCAGAAAAAAAUGGUGGAGUCGCGCUCUAAUGAGAAUUUUUCGAGAAAGUUUUUAAAUCAUUCUUUGGGAAUUUUUUUUAUUUUCACAGAGUAAUCCUUUCUGAAAAAUCAAUUUAAUUUGUUGAGAAAGCAAUCUUUAAUUUAUUAUUACUGUUUCAAAAUUUUCUGCGCCUUUUCAACGUUUUUUUUUUCGUUACUUUAUGACCUAACCGCGAGAAAAAAGCCACUAAAAUACGUUCCGAAAUUUUUUCAACGCAGAAAAUAUUUUUCAAUCCCAGGUUUCACUACUGCCGAGCGGUUUGGAACGAUGCCAAUAUCGCGAGCGACUUGGAAAAGUUCAAAUGGCUGACCGCAAAUUCGUUCAAGGAAUAAGGCAUAGUAUGUGCCUGAUUUUCAACUAUUUUCGAAUUUCCAUUUUUAGCGAUGAAAAAAGUGGUCCUGGAACCGUCUGCGAAAGCUUUACUCGUCUGAUUGUUGGUUUCAAAAAUGAAUGAGACACGUUUUUUGGCCGGCAACGAGCUUUACAGCAAGGUUGGUUCGGGGAAAAAAUAGCCUCCGAAAUUUGGAAGGAAAGUGUGCUCCAAGGCGAAAAAUCCGUAAAAAAAACAAAGAAAUAAACAAUCUCUGGCUUUUUCUCAGAGAGGCCGGAAAUGGGCGCUCUAUCGAUAAUAUAUUUGGAAAAAAUAGCCUCUGAAAUUGUGAAUAAAGAAAGUGCGCUCCAUGGAUAUUUCUUUCUGAAAGAGGAACUUUUCUGAUUUUUUUUAAGAACAUAUUUAAAAAAAGGUUCUUUUUUUGUGGAAAGUUCGCUUCAUCGCUCUAUAUCACUUUUAAAAAAAUAGCCUUCAAAAUCCAAAGUAAAAUAUGCUCCAUGGAAAAAAGUCCGUAAACGGAAAAUUCAAGAACGUCUGCCUUUUUUUGAGAGCGUAUUCGAAAAAUGGUUCAAGGGAAUGUGCGCUCUAUCAAGAUUUCUUUUUUUGAAGAAAUAGCCUCUGAAAUGGAGAAGAAAGAAAGUGCGCUCCAUGGAGAAUUAUUUUUGAAAGAGCAACUUUUUCUAAAUUUUUUUAAGAGCAUAUCCAAAAAAAGGUUCAUUUUUUUGUGUAAAAGUUUGCUCUAUCACUCUAUAUCACUUUGGAAAAAAUAGCCUCUGAAAUUCAGAAUUAAGAAAAUGCGCUCCAUGAAAAUUUUUUUUCCCUGGAUUAGGAUUUCCAAAUUUUCUGACUUUUUUUCUUAGAAAAAUAUUAGAAAAAAAGAUUGUAACUUCAUGUAAAAAGUGCGCUCUAUCGAAAAAAAUUUUUGAAAAAAAUAGCCUCUAAAGUUCGAAAAAAAGCCAAAAAUCGUACAAUUUCGAUUAUUUAAUGGACCAGAUUUGCUUUUUUUAGAAAGUCUUUUCAAUUUAAUUUUUCAUUAAAUUUGAAUUUCCUUCAUGAUUUAGAGUUUACAGGGCAGCAGUUCUUCGAGGGGUUCAUCAAAUUGUCAUCAUCAUCAUCAUCAUAAAACCCCCUUCUUUUUGUGGAACUUUUAUGUGCCUUCUUCCUUUCUUUUUUUUCCUUUGUUUUGUUUCUUCUUUAAUAUAUUGUUUCUCCCUUUUUAUUUUCUUCCGUCGUAUUCUUCGAAUUUCGCUCGCUUCUUUGUUGGAAUUUACGAAUUUUAGUUGGAUUUUUUCCCUUUUUAUGGUUAAAAAAUGAAUUUUCAACUGGUUCGUCUUUCCUUGAUUUUUGAAAUAUCGGUUGUUGGCCGAUGAGUUUUCUAAAGCUUAAAAAAAACUCUGUCAUUUGAUUAGUCUGUUUGGGCUUUGUCUAGCCGUCUGCGCUUUCUUUCUCUCUAACUGUGGGAGUUAAAAGCGAGCUUUUUGAAUUUUUAAGUUGGCUGAACCUUAAAAAAUCCACUUCUAAUUGGAAUUUUUUCCGAAAGUUUAUGCUAAUAUGGAUUUUUUCUAAUGCUUUUUCUCUGCACGGUCCUCUUAUCUCCCGAUUUUCGGGCCUCAUAUCUAUUUUGGUGCUGUAUUUUGUUGAUCGUGACGUUUUGCCUACGGCAAUAUUGUUCUGAUCAACUGUUUUUUGGAAGAAAAAGGUGUAAUUUGGCCACUUUUCAUAUUUUAUAUCAUUUUUAGGGUUCAUAGAGUUUCUUUAGUUCAUAGUUCGUGUAGAAAGUAGAGUUAAAAAAAAUUUUUUUUUUUGAAGUUUUAUAGCAUUUUUCCAUCAUUUUAGUUUAAAAAUGAUUUUGAAAAAAUUGACAAAAGCGAAAAAAGGUUCAUGGCCACUUUAGGGUCUAUACGUUUUAGUGUUUACUUUAGUAGUCGGAAUAGUGGCCACUUGAGGGGUCUCUUUGGAGGUCGAAGUGGUUUUAUCAGAGCCCUGAAAACUACUAUAGUAGCCACUUUGAAGCGAAAUCGAGGUGGUUCCAGGGGUCACUUUAGAGUCCUCUCCAAGCGGUCCUUGAGGAACCUCUUAAGUGUCUACUAGAGUUUAUCCUAGUGCAUCAAGUUUUCAAACAGUUGCCUUUCAGAGCCCUUUUAGGAAAAAGAUCGCGAAAAAUGGGAUUGCAUGAAAUUUCAAAAUGCUUAUAUCUUAACAAAAAAACGACCUUUAAAAAUCACUGGAAACUGAUCCGCUCCAUGUUUUUCUUUCAUAGGCAAAGUCGGAAAAGGCUCCUUUUUUCGCCAUUUUAUCGGUCCCUAUGCACUAUUUUCCACCAUUUCUUGAGCCUUUAAAAUUCCAGAAACAACGAAAGGCUCGGAAAAGAGACCCUUUUUGCUGCCUUUCUGCGGCCUUUUUUGAGCCUUUUAGCGGCCAUUAUCCACCAUUCCAACUUUGCCCGAGUAACUUUCAAAAAGUAAGAAGAACCUUCAAAAGUUACUCGAAAUUGAUCCGCUCCAUGUUGUUUUUUGUCUACCGGUUGUCGCCCCUCCAAACAAUUUGGAGGCCUAGAACCGGUCCCUCCUUUCAAUUCACGAUGGAAUAUAUUCGCCCCGAGAAGAGGAGGAUCUUUGACGAAAAAGCUUCGUUGAAACGAUAACAUCAAGUUGUUCUCGCCAAAUUUUCCAGCACUCUACGAUUUUUUUCCUCCCCAACUUUCUCGUCUUCAAAUUUGAACUAAAUGAUCCAUGGGAAGGUCCAUUUUUUCUUUGUUUUUCCAAUUAUUCUCUUUUUUUAUCGUUUUUUUUUGCGCGUUUUUCAAAGAAAUGUGAAAAAGUCUAAAAGGCUCUUAAAGUUUUUUUGUAAAGAUCCGUAAUUAAAAUAUUGAUUUUUUUUUCUCUAUCUCUUCAAAUUUAAACUGAAUAAUCUAUGGGAAUGUCUGUUUUUUCGAAUUUUUUCAUUGUUUUCUUCCAUUUUUCACGUUUCCAAAACACUUUGAACAAUUUAAAGUCUCCUAAUUUUUUUCGAAACAUAAUUAAACUAUUAAUUUUUUUCUUUCCUAUUUUCAAAUUUGCACUGAAUAUUUUGUAUGAAAUUAGGCGUUUCUCUAAUUUUUUGAAUUUCCAUUUCUUUUCCCUUUUUUUCACGUUUUUCAAGGAGUUUGAGUUUUUGAAAAGAGUAUAGAGCCUUUUUUUAAAUUUUUUUCAAAAAAAUCGAUUAGAAAUAAUUUUUGCUCGGUUUCAUUCAACAUUUAGUGUUUUUUUCGAAGGAAUCAUGAUUUCAGAUUUUGCAAAAAAUUCAAGUUUCUAUCUAAAAUCCAAAUGGAAGGCUUUUUCCUUUUAAAUAUCGAAAAAGUAUUUAUUUUUCUCCAAUAAUUCAGUUUCGAAAACAUUUUUUUAAAAGGAAUCAUGUUUUUUUUUUCGCCAAUCUCAAAUUUCUUGCAAUUUUGUCGAAUUGUCACUGUAUUUUUCCAAUUUUUUUCUCGCUUAAAAUUGUGAGAAAAAUAUUUUUUUGGAAAUUUUUUUGUCAUCUUCUCUCAUUCUAUUGUUGUUUGAAGCAAGAAAAUCUCAUGUUCCAAUGGAAAUUUUUCAGAUUUUCUUCCGCGCCAUGUCGAGAACAGCAUUAUUUUUGAACUUUAUUAACUUAUUAGUGAGUUUUUUUCUGCUCGAAAUCAGAAAUUUAUUCAAAAAAAUUACAGAAAGCUGCAACAAUGGGAAGUUCUGUUGAACCGGAGUCCCAUAGAUUUAAAAAUUAAGGUGAUUUUAAUUAUCAUUUAAAUUUCGUUAUAAAUGAUGAUUUCAGGUCGUUUUAAUAUGUAUAGUUUGGUAUUUUUAUCAGCUCGGCGAGCAGCAUCACCAACAAGCUGUUUUUUUACAGGUAAUUUUAGGGCUUUUUGAAGUUUUUCUAGUGUGAUUUUAUCAAAAGAUUAACGUUACUGUGAAAAUUUCAAUGAAGUAAAAACUUUAAAAGUUCAAAAAUGAAAAAAAAAUUACUAGGAAAUAUAGCCGCAAAAUGUUAGGCUUGUGCGCUCCAUAGAAAACUUUUUUAGUUUGAAGCCUUGUUUUUCAAAAAUCCUUGAUUUUUUAGGUCGCCACUGUAGUUUUCAAGAUUCAAGCAGAAAAUCAGAGAAAAAACGAGAUUUUUAUAAAAGUUAUCAAUAGAGCGAAAAAUCAUGUAGUACUCAACAUUUUCGAGGCUGUUUUUUCCAUAAAUUUUUUUUUCAGGGAUUUGAAAAAGGAUUCAAAAACUGUCUUUACAAAUUUCAUAAAGCCUAAAAGCUAUCUCUACAGGUCAAAAAUAGCUGGUUAAAUUAUUAGUGACCUCUUUAGGGUUUUGAUAUAUAAGCGGCUACUAUAGUAGUCGAAUUAAUGGCCCCUUAAAAGCCUUAGUUGUACUACUAGACCACUAAAAUCACUAUACUGGCCACUAAGAAGUCUUUGAGGAUCCUUUUAAAGGGUCACUAGAGUUUUUCCCCAGAAAAAGCCUUUAAAGGUUCAAAAAACCUUAAAAACAAUUUUUAAGCGCUACUCCUAUCCAAUGACACUGGCCCUGUCAAAUCUGAUGGCCGUACCUUUGUGCGCGGGUGUUCUGAUGUCGUUUUGGCACAUCAAAAAAGUCACCUUGUCUCCAGCCCAGAAUCGUCGAUAUUUAUACCCCAUUGCGAUUGGUUCAGCUAUUACGAGAUCUUAAAAAUGACAAAGGUUUUUAGGCAAAGCUCUGGCGGUCGGAAGCGCCUAUUUCAGUUUAUGGAAGGUUCCUGUUUCAUAUGCUCACACCGGUGAGUUCUUCUCAGUCUGACGUGUCUGCGCUCUCUUUUCUCUCACUAAAAGAAGGGAAAAUAGCGCGUGAAUUUCAGAGGGAGAAGAGAAAUUAGGCUUCUCCAGACUUCUCAAGUCUCUCUGACUCACUGUAUACCUCAUUUGCCAUGACUUACAGCUGUCUUACCCGACUGACCUGUCUGCACCCUUUUUUCCCUCACCGCCUAAGUCUUGGAAACGUGAAAAUAGCCUGUAAACUCGAGAGAGAGUAGAGAAAUCAGACUUUUCAAGUCGAACUCAAUCUCAAUCUCAUUACAACUUUCUGACCUGUCUUCACCCUCCUUAGGAAUUUCCAAGUGGUCACUAGAGGGGCCAAGGGAAAACAGCCCCUAUGGGAGUAUAGCAUAAGUGGUCCCUAUAGGUGCUCAAGGUCUGACCCCUAAGUGGCCCCUAUAGGGACAUUCCAAUUUAUUUUUCUGAUUCGGAAACUCGAAAACCAUAUAGGGACCCCUUAGUAUGAUCUCCUAUAGUGGUCUUCUCUUUCAGUGAAAGCCUCGAUGCCGUUAUUCGCAGUAUUCCUGAGCCGAUUCCUACUCCGCGAGCGACAGUCUUAUAGAGUUUUUUAAAAUAUUUUGCUCUCAAAAUUGAGAUUUUUUGAAGGUUUAUGUCUCCCUACUACCUAUUGUCGCUGGGGUCGUUGUGGCUUCGGCGACGGAACUUUCCUUCUCAGCUUCCGGCCUGAUAUCCGCUUUGUUCUCGACGUUCGUCUACUCUUUCCUCAACAUCCUUGUCAAAAAGGUUCUUGAAAAAAAGCAUCAAAAGUAUAUAGGAUUUUUUAGCUCUUGAAAGAGUCGGACAUGCAUCCGAUCCAGUUGUUGGCGCUGAACAGCCAACUGGCCGCCUUGUUCUUUUUCCCCUUCUGGUUCUGCAGAGACGCCCUGACGAUCAUGGGCAACUUGGCUAGUGGGGUGAGUAGAGGAGUCUAAGGUUUGGCCAAGCCUUUCUUCACGGGGAAUUUCCAAAAAUACAUAGCUCAUUCCGCGCCAGCUUAUUACGGUUUUCGUUUUCUUUUGUGCUACAGAACCCUUCCCUUUACGGUAUUUAUCUCUGUCUGCGCCUUCAAUAUAACGGAAAUUUUUAGGCCAAAUAAAAAGACACGGAAUUCCCUAGAAAAACUGACACGCAAUUGCCUAAAAAAAAACUCAAAAUAAGUCUACAUUUUUUGAUAAUCUAUACCUAUUUAUACAAGUUCAUGAGUUAUAAGUAAGGGAGAAGCCCGAAAUUACCUGAAAAAAAGCCUUUAAAAGUAUUUUUUAACGCUUUUUUGUGAUUUUUCAUUGGAAAGGACCUCUUUAAGAAGAUAAAAUGUGUUGAAAAAUUAAAGAGGAAUGAAAAGCCGCUCAAAAAACUCAGAAAAACAGCUUAGAAGUAACUUUUUUGUACCUGUCUACGGACUUAAAAAAAUAAUUUUUCUCCUUUCAAGGUCCGCGAAACUUUGAGUGGACUUUGCCCGUAUUUAAUAUUUUUUUCGAAAUUUCAAGUUUCUGUUAAGAAAUUUUUUUCCUAAGGUUCAAUUAUUGAAAUUUGGUCCUCAAUAUCAAUAUUUGGUUGGCAUUCUUAAAAAGCAAACUCACAAGGAGAGUAGCAAAAAUGACAUUGAUCCCUUUUUUUAAAAACAGUUUUUGAAACGUAGUUUUUUUGGGGGAAAUUGCAACUCGAUUUAUUAUUAGCUUCAAUUUCAUUUCUAAAAUUUUUUCUACUUUCAUAUUUAGCUUAUUUAAAUAUUUAAUAAUGCGAACACAGAAAGUACCUUAUCCCGGAAAAUUCUACAGUAAACCAAGGUGGUAUGAAUUCCUAAAAUUCCAUUUUCCAUCAUUUCCAAAAUUCCAUCACAAAAUUCCAAAACGAACAACAAAAUUCAAAAUUACAUUGAUAUACAACUUGCCUAGGAAAAAGUUGUCGUUUCUUAGAUACGCAGGUGACUACCCGCCUACCGUAACCCGGCUACGGUCGAAGGAAAAGGCUCAAAAUAGUUGGGUCUGCAAUCCUGGCGUCAUAGGCUAAAUUUAGUUUAAAACUCAUCAAAAUCAAAUAUUAUAUUGUUCUGUACCCGUUGAUUUUGAGCAUUACAGAGAUUUCAUAGGGCUUGUUAAUUUUUGUUCAAUUUUCACAGAGGUUUAUUCUUCAUGUCCAAAAAAUUGCAAACGCGGUUCAGGAACUCUCGGAAAGUCCCGAGUCGAUGCCGCCCGACCUAUGGAUGAUUUUCGUCCUGAUCUGUUCGGGAUUCCUGUCGUUCCUCCAGAACGUCUGCGCCUACUCCCUUAUCCACGAACUGACCGCACUGUCUUACGCUGUCUGCAACGCCACCAAGAGGAUUACGGUCAUCGGAUCGUCUCUGAUCACUCUUCACAACCCCGUCACUGGUUAUUGGUUUUUUCUUAGGCGAAAAAGCGAGCUUUAAAAAAUCCUAUCUGGGCUCCAGAAUCUUUUUGAAAAAAAAAUUGAAUGGUCUUUUGUGAAUGGCUCAAUUAGAGUCACGAUAACUUUCGCCUUUUGAGAGCCCCUUACUUGUUUCACAGAUCUCAUAGGCAGUUUUUGAGACCAGCUUUGGAAUCAACCUGAAAAACUGCAUCUAGAAAACUUAGUCUCUUUCAGAAGUCCCACUGCGAAUGAAGACCAUUCCCUAAUUAAAAGAAUAAUUUUUGCUGAGGCUUCUUCCAAAAUUUUGUCUUGAAAAGUUUUCUUGAGACUGAAAACUUGAUGUUGGAAACAAUGAAACUGAAGCGGAAGUUCUGAAAAACUAGUUUUUUUUUAGAAACUCAACAUGGAGCUAAUUUUUUGGAUGAAUUUUGAAGCGUAUCAAUUUUGUAUCUUUCUACUUUAGGUGCGAACAUUUUUGGAAUGCUUCUGGCCGUUUUUGGAGUGUUCUGCUAUAAUAGGGUAAGUUAUUAACAUCUGAAAAAAAAAUGAUAAAAACUUAAUUUCGUUAUUUUGAAGCGUUGUAUGUUCUCCAUCUUCAACUCGAUUUCAUGAUUUUAUUUCUUACAAAAAAUAUUUUAAAGGCGCAGAAUAGAGUCGAAACAGUGUUGGCACAAUGAAAAAAACAAGAAAUUUUUUUCAAGACAAUCUAUUAUUUUUUUGUGGUAUUUGGAGAGUCAAAACAGUUUUGGUACUAUUAGUUAUCAUAUUUCUAGCUUUUUUCGAGAGUAAAAUCCUGCUUGGUAUCAAAAAAACAAUUAAUUUCCUGGUUGUCCCACUCAUUCUUUUUUUUUCCAAUCUACCCAAAAAUCUUUCAAGAGAUUUCAAUCGUUUAAUCACUCUACUGAUCGGAUUUCAAGGCAAAACAAAUGGACAAGGAACAGUCGCACGUCCUGCCAAUAACCCGGUCCCAUGCGACUUUGUCCGAAGCGACGCUGAUUUCCCUGGACACGGGCGAAAAUGCGGACAUUAUGCAUCGGUACGAGGCUCCUCACACGUCUUGAAAUCAUUGAUACUCAUAUAUUUGUAAUUUUCUCUUGUUUGUCGACUUCUAACCUUGAAACUGGGCUUCUUGGCGGGAUAUCCUCUACCUGUGAACUUUAACCUCGACUUUUUUUUUUGCUCCAUGGGUAAUUUUUUCAAAGAUCGGACCUCGGUGAGGCGAACCAGAUCACUUAAGCUACGUCACCGCCCUUAAGUGAAUGCUGGAAUGCUCAGAAAUGUCCGUGGUGAAUAACAAGUGUGCAAUUGAGGCUAUUGAAAGCUUUUUGGACGCUUCUGACAUUCGUAGUGGCCACUUUAGCGGCAUCAGAACUAUCACUAGGGUUUUUGUAACAUUUCCGAACGUUUCCGACAUUCCUAGUGACCACUUUAGCGGCGUCAGAACUCUUAAGUUAUCCCUAGGACUUUUGAAGCAUUUCCGAACGUUUCCGACAUUCCUAGUGACCACUUUAGCGGCGUCAGAACUCUUAAGUUAUCCCUAGGACUUUUGAAGCAUUUCCGAACGUUUCCGACAUUCCUAGUGGCCACUUGAGUGGCGUCAGCACACUCGAAAUUUUCUCAGUAACGCCCGGGGCAUGUUCGAUUUACUUGACCGAGAAAGAGAGCGUUGAUUUUGAAAUCUUCAGCUCUAAAGUUUAAAAAUAGCUGCGAUUAUCCAUGGAGCGAAUUCGCUCUAACUUUGAAAAAUUUGGAAAUUUCAAGUCUCUAGAUCGUUAGAAAAAAAAAUCCCAUUUUUCUGUGGGUUUUGCUCUUUUCUUCAAGUUUUUGAAGUCAGGAAAUUAUUCUUCUCAAGAAAAAAAAUUGGCGCGAAGAGUUUCUAUAGGCCUUUCAGCUUCAUGAAUUUUUGUGAAGGAUGCACUUGAGUGGCUUUUUUCUUGCUUCUUUUUCUUUCUGAAUUUCUGGUUUCGCAGAGCCGCCAACGGUCGAGCUUCGAACGGAAGUCGUCUCGGCGCCUUGGAUCACUAUUCGGCGACGUACAAUCAGACGCGUGUCGACGACAUUUCCAGCCGGAGAAAUGUCCGGUUCGCCUGA